UGAGUCUCCGGCCAGCGCUGCAGCCCGAUGCCCACGGUUGGCCUCAUGAAGUGGCCAGUUGUUCUCCAGAUGCUGCUACUCCUUGGCACGUUAGGCCUGCCAGUGUUGGCGAGAUGGAAGGACAGAUUUUUUUCUGAAAUCCAAAUUCCAGAUUACAUUUUAACAAGGCCCAAACUGCAGCCCUGCCAGGCGAGGCCGACCAGCACCCAAUGCAAAAGCUCCUGCAGGGCGCACCUGGACUGUGAUGACGAGUUUCGCUGCUGCCACGCCUUCUGUGGCAAUGUCUGCAUGAGCCCGGAAGAGGCAGAGGGCGCAAAGUCAAACCGUAAAAUCAGCAACCUGGUGCCUGCGGUUGUACCGUAAAUCAUCGUCGUUUCAAGCCACAUGGAAAGUGUUGGAAGACCAACCUGCUGUCGGACCGUCCUC